AUGUCCGUUAAAUUUGAAGAAUUGGUUACUUCAUUGAUUCAAAGUGCACCAUCGUCCGAGUUACCUCAAGUUAUCAGCUCUUUGAAGACAAUAUCCGGUGCAUCCAAAUCAACUAUUGACGAUGCUAUAUCUGAAUAUAUCAAAUCACAACCAAUUGUCAUAUCUGACUACAUCAUCAGCUCAUUAAACAAAGACCUUCAUUCAUCGAAAUUUAUUGAUCAUAUCAAACAAGAGAAAUUCACUUUUGAUAUAAGUAAGCAAGAAAUAAUUGAUGUCGAAUCAUAUACUCCUGAUGUUUCAGUGGAUUCCAGCUUGGUUGAUAAAUUGCAACAAUAUGGUGAAGACAAUUUCCAAGAUUAUACAUUUACAAUCAUUCCUGAAUCGGAAAAAGUAUAUACAGUAGUUAUAAUUGGUGAAAAGUUGAAUCAAGAUAAUUUCUACACGGGGAAAUGGCAUAGUCAAUAUGCUGUCAAUAAUGGCCAAAUCACUGGUUCAAUCAAUUUAGACAUUCAUUAUUUUGAAGAUGGAAAUGUUCGUUUGAAAUAUAACGAAUCAGGGGUAUCGAGUUCGAGUGUUGGUGAUGGCGGUGGUGAAAUUAGUGGCUCGGUUUCCAAUGCUAGUGAUGUUGUCAAUUUCAUCAAUCAAGCUGAUAAUGCCAUUGAAUUGAAAUUGAUUAAUCAGUUCCAACAUUUAAAUCAACAAUCAUUCAAGAAUUUGAGAAGAUUGUUGCCUGUGACUAGAUCCAAGAUCAAUUGGGGUAGUGCUAUUGGAAACUAUAGAUUAGGAUCAGAUGUAGUUAACAAAAAGUAA